AGCUCAACCAGGUCAUCUGAAGUUUCAGGGGCAAAACAGGACUUUACCGAAGGCUCAGAUGGUUCCCUGGAUCUGAGCCUGGAGCAGCUGCUUCCCACAAACCCCCAGCACCAGCUCGGCCAUAAAUCAGCUCCAUCCUGAGCCGGUGACAUCCCCAAACGGGAGCGUAUCCCAAAAGAUUUUCCUUUACCCACCUCCCCGCUGAAAGGAGAAAAAAAGCCAAAAAAAAAAAAAGCCAAAAAAAAAAAAGCCAAAAAAAAAAAAAAGCCAGGAAGCCCGGGAUUUGUUGGGAGCAGAGGGCAGCGCUCCUGCUUCCCCUCGCGUCCCCCAGUGCCGAGGUCCCCGUCCCCGGGCUGGGGAAAGCGGACACGGCCGGAGCGACCCGGGCAGCGUUCCUGGAAGAGCACCGCCCCCGGGGGCCGGGUGCCAGGCACUGCUGCUCCAGCCCCGCUGAAACCAUUCCUCGCCCGCAGGAGAGAGGCCAUGGCAGCCGUGUUCCUGCCCGGCAACCUCCAGGACGAAGCCACUUGCUCCGUGUGCCUGGAGUUCUUCAAGGACCCCGUGUCCAUCGAGUGCGGGCACAACUUCUGCCGGGCGUGCAUCGCCAAGAGCUGGAAGGACCUGGAGAUGGAUUUCCCGUGUCCGCAGUGCCGGGAGGUUUUCCAGCAGAAAAGUUUCCGUCCCAACCGGCAGCUGGCGAACAUGUCCGAGAUCAUCAGCCAGUUCGCGCUGCGCGGGGCCAAGGGCGCCGAGCAGGACGGGCUGUGCCCCAAGCACCGCGAGGCGCUCAAGCUCUACUGCAAGGACGACCGCAGGACCAUCUGCGUGGUGUGCGACAGGUCCCGGGAGCACCGGCCGCACGCCGUGGUGCCCGUGGACGAGGCUUCCGAGGAGUACAAGGAGAAAAUCCAGGGGCGCUUGGACUUCCUGAGGAAGGAGCGGCAGGAGCUGCUGGAGUUCAAAGUGAAUGACGAUAAGAAAACCCAAGAGCUGCUGAAAACCAUCGAGAGCGAGCGGCAGAAGCUGCUUUCGGACUUCGAGCGGCUACGGCAGUUCCUGCACGACCAGGAGCACAUCCUGCUGGGGCAGCUGGAGAAGAUGGAGAAGAACAUCUCUAAGAGGCAGAAUGAGAACAUCACCGACCUCUCCAAGGAGAUCACGCUUCUCAACAAGCUCAUCACCGAGCUGGAGGAGAAAAUCCAGCAGCCCAUGCUUGAGUUCCUCAAGGAUGUGAUGGCCACCAUAAGCAGGAGCGAUGACGUGAAGUGCCACAAGCCCGUCCCUGUCUGCACUGACAUGAAGAUGCACGUCUGCAACUUCUCCCUCAAGACUGUCGUCCUUGAGAAGGUCCUGAAGAAAUUCCGAGAACACCUGCAGGACGAGCUGGGACGAGGUGAAAAAGAGGACCUGACCCUGGAUCCCGACUCCGCCAACCACCUGCUGGUCCUCUCUGCUGACCUCAAGAGCGUUCGCAUGGGCUGCAGGAAGCAGGAGCUGCCCGACAACCCCAAGCGCUUCGACACCAACUCGCGGGUCUUGGCCACCACGGGGUUCAAGUCGGGGCGGCACUACUGGGAGGUGGAGGUGGGGCCCGCGGACGGCUGGGCCUUCGGGGUGGCCAAGGAGUCCGUCCGCAGGAAGGGGCUGACGCAGUUCUCCCCCGAGGAGGGCAUCUGGGCCGUGCAGCAGAACGGGGGCCGCUACUGGGCCGUCACCUCUCCCCAGCGCACCUUGCUGUGCCUGGGCCACAAGCUCAGCCGGGUCCGCGUCUACCUGGACUACGAGGGCGAGGAGGUUUCCUUCUACGACGCCGAGAACAUGCAGCACAUCUUCACCUUCAACGUGGCCUUCCAGGAGAAGGUGUUCCCCCUCUUUUCGGUCUGUUCCACCGUCACCUACAUCAAACUGUGCCCCUGA